UGGGAUUAAAAAACAUUCCCAUGGCUAACCACAAAGUUCUUGCAGUCGUUUUCUUCGUGUUCAUAGGAUUAUUAGGGAUAUGCUCUGCAAAAAGAUCCCUCCUUACUCUUGAAGCACAUAUUUCAGCAGGUGGUUAUGGAAGUGGCCAUGGGGCUGGGGCUGGUGCUGGUAUAGAUGUAAGUGGAGGAUAUAGCGGUGGAGGUGGCUCAGGUGCCGGGGGUGGUGCUGGUUAUGGUGGUGCUGCUGAACAUGGUGGUGCUGGCGGUGGAGGAGGCAGUGGUGCUGGUGGUGGCGGUGGUGCUGGUUAUGCUGGAGGAGCUAGUGGUGCUGGAUAUGGAAGUGGGGGUGGUGAAGGUGGGGGUGGUGGAUAUGGAAGUGGUGAAGGGAAAGGAUCAGGUGGUGGUGGAGGAGGCAGUGGUGGUGGUGGCGGUGCUGGUUAUGCUGGAGGAGCUAGCGGUGCUGGAUAUGGAAGUGGUAGUGGUGUAGGUGGUGGUGGUGGAUAUGGAAGUGGUGGUGGAGGGAAAGGAUCUGGUGGUGGUGGUGGUGGUGGGGUUGGAGGUGGAGGUGGAGGAGGUUCUGGUGGUGCUGGCUAUGGAGGAGGUGAAGGAGCUGGAUCUGGUGGAGGCUAUGGAGAAGGAAAUGGAGGAGGAGGUGGCGGCAGUGGUGGAGGUGGUGGAGGUGGUUCUGGUGCUGGAGGAGGUUAUGGUAGUGGUGGAGGAGAAGGAGCUGGCCAUGGAGGUGGAGCAGGUGGCUCUAGUGGAGGUGGUGGAGGGGGAGGCGGUAGUGGUGGUGGAGGAGGUUAUGGUUCUGCGGGUAAACAUGAUGCCGGGUAUGGUGCAGGUGGUGGGAAGGGUGAGGGUGGCGGCCAAGGUGGUGGCUAUGCGCCUUGAUACUGCACUCUCACUAUUUUAUGAUCUUCUAAAUACGUUUACGUGUCUUCUAGCCUAUAGUGCUAAGAAAAAUAAGGUCAAAUUAAAGAAGAUGCCUGUAAAUUAUUUAUAAUGCAGGUUAAAUGAAGCCAAAUGGUUGCAUUGUCUCGUUA